GUGCACGGUAUGGACGAGGAUGCGCCCCCACCUGACUCGGCCAUUGACGAUCCACAAGAUCACGCCGCGGAACACGACGGCAGAUCCCACCAACAAGCGACCGAAUCGCACUGGCCCCCAGAAAUGGAAGAUGCUUUCGCAUAUUCGUGUCUCGUCCGACAUCUCCUCCCUCGCUCUCUCCCUCUCUCUCUCCAUAAUCACAUCCCUCGCACUUGUCGUCUCGCGUAUGAAUGCACCGGCCCGUUUCACGCACCGUUCGCCUUUGCACUGACCUCACUUCACGGACGAGAGAGCACACGGUUCGAGCAAAGAGAAGGAGCAAAGAUGUGCGUGGUCCUGUCUCGGGCCGAGCAAGAACAGCUGAUCGAGAAGCUCCAGGUCUUCAAGAUCAAGGGCCGGGACAAGCGCGGCCGCAAGAUCCUCCGCAUCGUCGGAAAGUUCUUCCCAGCUCGAUUCCUGAGCGCCGAGGUAUUGAACGAGUACCUGGAGGAGAAGAUCUAUCCGAGGCUGAGCAAGAAGCGGUUCAGCGUGGUGUACGUGCACAGCGAAGUCCAGAGGAGCGACAAUUUCCCCGGGUUCUCGGCCCUCCGAUCCAUCUACGACUCGAUCCCAGCCCAGAUCAAGGACAACCUCGAGACCGUCCACUUCGUCCAUCCCGGCCUCCAGGCCCGCCUCUUCUUCGCCACCUUCGGCCGCCUUCUCUUCACCGGCGGGUUGUACGGGAAGCUGAACUACGUGAGCCGGCUCGACCUGCUGUGGGAGCACGUGAGGAGGGGCGAGAUCGAGAUCCCGGAGUUCGCGAAGGAGCACGACGAGGAUCUGCAGUGCCGUCCGAUGAUGGACUACGGCUUGGAGAGUGACCACGCUCGGGUCCACGGCGCGCCCGUGGCGGAUUCGACCGUGUCCAUGUACUCCAUGCGGUGUAUCUCAUGAUCGUAACCGUGUCGUGCCAUAAUAAGCAAUGGUAGAUUUCCAUAAGUAAUAAUAACAACAAUUCUCCCGAUCCCGAUCCCGAUCCCAAUCCCGAUCCUAUUUCCUAAGGCUAUAGG